CCGCUCCAGGCUUGCGACGUCAUCAGGCACGCUGCCGGAAGAGCCUGAGCUCGGUCCGGGUCCGGGUCCGGGUUCUGGUCCAGGGGCCGAGUGGGGCCGGUACGUGGGCAGAGAACCAUGGAGGAGAGUGGUGUAGAUGGUGCAGCAUCGCCAGCAACAACUGGAACUGGAAAAUCUAAGCUGGACACUCUAUCAAAGGAUGACCUGAUAAAAUUUGCAAAGAAGCAGGUGGUGCUUCUACAGAAGACAAAGUCAAUAUGCACUGAACUGGAAAAUGAAAUUGAACGGCUUAAGGCAAAACCAUCUAUUGAAGCUAAUGAUGCAGUUAUCCAGGAACUGACAGCCAGGCUAGAUUCAGUACUCUUGGAAAAAGCAGAAGCUCAACAAAGUACGCUGUCACUAAGAAAAGAAAAUGAAAAAUGCAAAGAAGAAUUGAAGGUUGCAUUGUCAAAAGAAACAGCACUUCAGGAAGAAAUUGAAUUAUUAAAAAAUCAACAUAUAAACAAAAUUGAAGCUUUAGAAUCAGCUCAAGCAAAACACAAAGGUGAAAUAAUCAAGUUAGAAAAUGAACUUCAGGAGUCAAAUCUCAAGCACAUAACCCACAUUGGACAACUUGAGCAGCAGCUUGAAGCCUACUCCCUGCAGCAGACUGAAGCAAAGAGGCUGGAAGGAGAAUUAAAUGAGAUUAAAAAGUCUUCUGAGGAUCAGAUUUUGCAGUUGCAACAGCAAUUGGAAACAGUCACCAAAGAAAAGGAGGGAGAAUUGAAAAGGCUGGAUGAUAUUAAAAGGAACUUUAUGUCUGAAAAUGAAAAUGAAAUUAAGAAUCUUAAAAACACCCAUCAAGAAGAAUUGGCAUUGUUGAAGCAACAAUUUGAAUCUGCUGUCAUAAAACACAAGCAGGAACUUGAGACCUUGGAGGAAAAUUUAGUAGAGAAGCAUUCAAAGAAAGAGAAAAGCCUUGCAAAUGAGCUGAUGGAGAAUGCUAGCAAUUAUGAGCUUCAGUUGAAUCAACUGAGAGAUCAGUUAAGAAAAAUGACAGAAGAGCAAAAGGAGGUCCAACAUUUGCAACAAGAGCUUCCAAAAGAAUCACCUAACUCCGGUGAGCAGGUGACGUACCUAGAGAAUUGUGUGAAAAAAUUAGAAUCACAGCAUUGUUUAAUGCAGAGGGAGCUUGUUUACAUGAAAAAUGAAAAGGAGAAGGUAGAAGUAGAAGUGCAGCAUGCAAAAGAGGAGUUAUUUCAUGAGCGAGAAGAUUGGGAAUUUAAGAUAAAUGAGCUCCAAUUAUCCAAGGAAGAAUAUAUGACCAUGGUCACAAAACUGACAGAUGAACUUCAUUCUGCUCAAGAGCGUUGUGAAAUGGCAGAGGCUCAGUAUUCCUCUGAAAUACAGGAUAUAACAGAACAACAUAAAAAAGAUGUAUCAAUGUUAAAGCAAACUUUACUUUCUGCAGCUGAAAAUGAAAAACAAGAAUCUCUUCUUAAGAUAGAUAAUUUGACAAAACAAUGCCAAACAUUAUCGGAAGAGAAAGAGGAGGCAGAGAGACAGUACGAAAACUUGCGUAACACCUUGGAAAUCCUACAGGCGGAAUUGGGAGAAUCUGCUUCAAAGAUUAGCCGUGAGUUUGAGGUUAUGAAACAGCAACAGUCUGAUGAAAUUCAUGACCUGCAACAGAAACUCAGGAAAGUUUUUAAUGAGAAAGAUUCUCUUUUGGAAUUAAUCAAUAAAUUGCAGGCUGAAGUAGAAGAGGCUAAGGAACUAAAACAAAUUGUAAAUAAUUUUGAAGAGAAGAAUCAAGAAUUGGCAUCUUCAAUUCAGAUGAAGGAGGCAAUUGUGAUGGAUUCGAAAGGACAUGUAGAUAAUUUAAUGAAAGAGAAGGAGGAACUAAUAUCAAGAAUUGGAAUCUCUGAAAAGUCAAUAAAUAGGUUGGAACAAUCUUUUACACAGGAGCAGGGUAAAUGUGCAGAACUUCAACAACAAAUAGAAGUACUCAAUAAGAACAACUAUGAGUUGGAAAAGAGAUUGGAUGAAACAGCACUGCAUUUAAAAGAGGCUGUUUCUGAGAAAGAUGCUUAUUGUCAAAAAUUCAGUGACAUGGAAAACAGAUUAGAAACUAUAAAAACUGAGAAGGAGUAUUUGGACUCUGAAACAAAAAAAAUGGAGGAACUUAUUACAAACUUACAAAAGGAAAAGGAAUUGGUGCAAAGUGAAUUAUCUACAUUCAGAUUACAAAAUGAAAACGUGGAAACAAAUGAAGAAAAACUUCAAGAUCUCAGUAAACAACUACAGGCUUUGAUUCAAGAAAAGGAAAACUUGGAAAUUACAGAUAGACUUGAAAAACAGCAAUUUUUAAAUAUUAGGCAUGCGAUAAUUAAUAUUCUUAAACAAGAAGCUUUUAGUUUUACAAAUAGUGCAGAUGAAAUCAAUGUAAUUGAGGCAAUGCAAUUACUUGAAAACCAUGUGACUAAAAUUAGAGAAGAAAAGCAGUCUGAGGCACUGCUGUCUAAUGAGCGCAUACAGCAUUUGCAAGAGGAAUUGCAAUUACAGAGUGAUGCAAAUAGAGAUCUGCAGGCUGAACUAGGUUGUUUAAUCGAUGACCUCAAACAGGAGAAAAGUCUUUUGCAAAAGCAUCUAGAUGAAGCACUGCUUGAUAAGGAAGGUUUGCAAAGAGAUCUGCUGGAAAUGAAAAAUCUGAGUGAAAAAAAUAAUCUUGAGAAUGAAGAUCUGCUCAUUCAGCUUCAAAAUGUUACAGAGAAGCUUGAGAACAUGGAAACACAAAAGCAAGUACAGGAUGAGAAAGCGGAACAAGAAGCUGCAGAGAAACUGAAGUGUCAAUUGAAUGAAAAAGAAUCUGAGCUGUCAAAAUGCAAAGAGGAGCUUGAAACAUUGAAGGAUUUGAUGUUGAAAAUCUCCAGUGAAGAAAACACCUUUAAAAACACAAUUGUGGAAAUGAAUGAGAAAGUUGCUCAACUAGAAAAAGUAAGCAAUGAGAAGGAAAAUCGAAUAAACAAGAUAAAAGCUGUUGCUGUGAAAGCUAAGAAAGAACUUGAUGCCAGCAAAAAUCAGGUGUUACUAUUAGCAGAAGAGAUGGAGAUUGUAAAGUCUGAGCGGGAUCGACUCUCUUCUUCAAUUAAAGACCUCAUGCAAGGAUCUGAAAACUACAAGAAUCUUUUGCUAGAAUAUGAGAAGCAAGCAGAAAAGCUGGAUAUGGAAAAGGAGCGAGCAAAUAACUGUGAAAAUCAGGUGGAAGAACUUACACAGCAUUUGAACGCAUGCCUUCAAGAGCAUAAACAGUUGGCUUCAGAUAAAGAAGAUUUGUUGAGCCAUUUAGGAACGUCACAGUCGAAUGCCAAACAGCUGGAAGUACAGAUAUUAGAAUCCGAAAAAGCUAAGACAGCGGUUGAAAAGGAGUUGGAGGCCAUAAAACUUGUUAAGGAACAGGUAUCUAAGGACAAUUGUACACUGGCAAAAGAAAUUGAAGAACUUAAAAAGCAACUUCAAAAUGAGAAACACCAACUGCAACAAACAGUACAAGAACUGGAACAUGUGAGAAAGGAUGCACAAAAAAGCACGCUAAUGGACAUGGAGAUCGCAGAUUAUGAGCGCUUGGUAAAAGAACUGAACCAGAAAAUUACUGACCAAGACAACAGGAUUGGUGAAGCGGUGGAAGAAACAGCAUCAUGCAAACAGAAAAUGGUUAACUUGGAAGAUCAAAUAAGAUCUCUUCAGAAAACAUUGGAGGAAAACAAAGAGAGAAACACCAAGAUGAAACAAAUGUUAGUGAAAACAAAGAAAGAACUUACUGAUUCAAAAAGAGCUGAAGCAGAGCAAUUAGUUCUUCAAACUUCUAUUAAAGGAGAUCUGGAAUUAAGCCAACAGCAAGUGGAAAAUUACAAGAUUCAAAUGGCGGAAUUAACCGCCGAAAACCAUAAGACUCAUGAACAGUUGCGUCAGGCAAAUGAACAAAACCAUCGGACUUUGAGUGCAUUUACACAGAAGAUAGCAGCUCUGCAAGAAGAAUGCAAUAAUGCUAAGGCUGAACAAAAAGCAACUGCUGAGGAUUUUGAAAGUUACAAGGUUCGUGUUCAUAAUGUCUUAAAGCAACAGAAGAACCGAUCAGCUACCCAGAAUGAAAAUGAAUUGUCCCAGCAAGAAAAAGAACAUCUCCAAACGGUGAUUGAUCAGUUGAAGGCCAAAUUACAUGAAAGUCAGUGCCAUCUGCAAGUCAGUGUGGGUGACUUGCAGGCUCUACAGUUAGAGCAUGACAUGCUGCUGGAACGACAUAACAAGAUAUUGCAGGAAACUGUUACCAGGGAGACAGAGAUGCGAGAAAAACUUUGCAGUGUCCAGUCAGAAAAUGCAAUGUUGAAAUCAGAACAUGUUCAGACUGUAAGUCAGUUGAACAUCCAGAACGAAGCAGCUCAAAAGAGCUUUCGCGAGCAAGUCCAGCAACUACAGGAAAAUCACAAAAAGACUGUUGAAUCAUUACAGAACCAAUUGUCUACAAUGGAAGCACAAAUAUUCCAGCUUAAAAAUGACAACAUUUUAGCAAGUUCUCCCCCAAUUCAACCUUCAGGGAAGAUUUUGCGUGACCGAAAAAGCAUGGACUUAUCUCUAAUAGAUAUAAAUUCCAUUGAUCGUGAAGAAGGAGAGGGAAUGGAGAUGACCGAAACAGAGUCAGUGCUAUCAACUAGUAGCCAAGUUGCAUCGCUUGAGCAGUUACUCAGUUCUCCUGAGACUAAGUCAGAUGCUCCUCAGUGGCAGCCUGAGCCAACUAAAGAAGAAAUUGCACAAAAGUUAAACACAGCUACAAAGAGCAUUGACCAUUUAAAUGGGCUCCUGAGAGACACAGAAGCUACCAAUGCCAUGCUUAUGGAACAGAUUACGCUGCUGAAAAGCGAAGUAAGGAGGCUAGAAAGGAACCAGGAACGCGAGAAGUCUAUUGCAAACCUAGAAUACUUGAAGAAUGUUAUGUUGAAGUUCAUAUUCCUAAACGCGGGAAGUGAGAAGCAGAGUCUUCUCCCUGUAAUUGACACAAUGUUGCAACUGAGCCAGGAAGAAAAAAGUAAACUUGCUGCUGUUGCUCAAGGGGAAGAAGAAAGCACUUCAAGGUCAUCAGGUUGGGCUUCGUAUCUUCAUAGUUGGUCUGGACUUUGAUAUGAUUCAGUAGGGCAAAAUAUUUCAGUUAACAUUCCAGCCUCACCACAAAGUGCAGAUAAUGACAGAGGACUGCCUUAGACCUCCCCCCCCCCCCCCCCCACCCCCAAAUUGAUUUGUUGGUGUAUGGAGAGAAGACUGCCUUAGACUUUUUGUUUUGUGUGUUUCUAGUUUUAUUUGUAAAUAUCUCUUAUUGUGUUCAUGUUCUUUUUUUAUUAUUUCUAACUUGACAAACCUAUGGGGAAGAAACUGUAACUGGAAGAAUUAACUUUAAUGUGAUUUGCACAGGAGAGUCAUUGAUCUUUAAAGUAAAUUUAUGAUGAGUCUAUUUUUCUUAUUUCAAUACUGUCAAAGCAGUGUUAGGCAUGUAUCUGAUAAUACUUGGCAUGACAGACCCAGUUACUUAAUAUACUACUGUAAAAGCAGUUACUGAUGAUAUGUAAUCUACGGAAAUGAAAAUGCUGAAACUACUCCAGGUCACGCAUAAUCUUUGAGCUUACAAAUGUUAACAUUUCAGCAUGACCUUUCGUCAAAACUGCUUGCUAUUCUACAGGUAUUAAAGCAAAUAACAGGGUAGUAAAGGGAAGAAGACAUCUGUACUGGGGGGAGGGAUUUUAAAUCUAAUUAACAACCCUGAUAAUUUGCAUUUGAUCCCUCAUCCUGCUUAUCCAAUCCCAUCAUUUUCUGUUUAUUUAAGAUUUUUCAACACUUGCCGUCUUACUUAUGGAAGCAAUAGUUUACGUACAACAAAAGUUGUUUGUUUAGUCUAAAACCAAAUUUUAUCAUGGCCAAAACAUAAAUGGAUUGUAUAAAAAAACUGUUGUUUAAGUAUGGGCAUUAUAUAGAUAUAUUAAAACAUUGCAUUCCAAUGUUAUUAGGGUUAAACAUGUUAUCAUAUUGGCACAAAAUCUUUUUGGAAAAUUAGACGUAUUUUCAGUUAUAUGUUUAAAUUUGUUCAACUAUUACUAGGUGUAGUAAUUUAACUGGAAUAAGUCUAUACUAAAAGGGUGUUGGAAGAUUUACCCACCACUGAGAUUUUUGAAAGGUGUUUCUGGAAGUGUCUAGGGCUGUUGGAUACAUUUUUUCUUUAAAAAUACAAGUAAAGUGCACUUUCUUCAGUUGUGUAUGCAAUUUCACCUUGAGCUUUUCAUUGGAGGGAUCAAAUGAAUUAUUUUGAAAUAAUAUAUAUUUGGUAUUUAUUUUCUAAAACCAUCCCUUCAAAUUGUACAUACUGGCAAUUGAAGAUUAUUCUGUAUAUGUUGGUUUACUAUUUCUUAUUUCUGAUAUAUGAGGCUAACUGAUUUCCCUUUUCCAGAUUUCCACGAUUUCCAUUAAGCACUUGAUAGUGGUGGCUGAAUUGUCAAAUGUUCAAUUUGAUGCCUGAACUAGAAAGUGUAUUAGAGCAUUAAAGUGUUGAGCCUUCUGCAAAUGUUUCCCAGCUUUCCAUAAAUGCAUCCACAAAUCAUCAGAUUUCUUUGCUAAAUCAAAUGUUUGCCCCUAAGUUUUAUUGACAUUUUACACUCAACCAUGAGCCAUUUGUAAAAUAACACUGUUCGUUUUUUCAAAACUACAGCAGAAAAGGGUAUUCCAUUUAUAAUAUGCAAAGCCAGAAAUGGGAAGAUUGAUCUCAGGUCAUUUGUUGAUUGUGUUGAUAGACUAUUAAAUGGACUUUAAACCAGUGUGCAUAUUCGUUUCUCAGCACAUCGUAACCAGUAAGGAGGAUCAGAGUUAACUAUUGACUAUUGUGUUCUUGAAUAAAUCACAUUUAAUUCUAAUGCUGACUUCUUGUUAUAGACAUACUUUGUAAAAUGUUAUAGAUGGCCACACAGAUGAUGUUGAUUUAUAGAAAAAUUUGUACCAUUCUACUGUGUGAAUUUUUUAAAUACCCAUUCUACCCUCAUUGUAGCAAAUUUCUUGAAAGCCCAGAAUUGUAAUUGAUCGGUUUUAGUAAAAGCCAUUAAUAACGGGGAGGGAGCUCCAGAAUUUAGACCCAGUGACAACAAAGGACCAGUGAUAUAUUUUCCAGUGAGGAUAUUCUGCACCACGGACUGGGACCUGCAUGUCUUGGUAUUUCCAUGUAUCUGCUACCCUUGCCCUUUGUUAGUAGGUGUUGUAUUUUGGGAGGAGUGCUAUAAAAAUGGCUAAGUACGUAACUGCAUAGAAUUGUACAGAUGGUACACUGCAACCACUUAAUACCAAUGGGGAGGUAACAUAUUAAGAGAAGUUAAAGGGAUACCAAUCAAGUAGACUGCUUUAUCAAUAUGCUUUCAAGUUUCUUGUCUCUAUCAGUAACUAAGAUGCAGAACAUUGUGUUUGACCUGCGUAAUCGAAGUAAAAAGCAUUCUAACAUAUUGCAAAGUAGUAGGUAAAAGUUUGAUGUGCAGUUGUCCAGUUGCUAUCAUCUUGGGCAUCGUCUACCAUACUUCCUCCUGUAUUCUCUUUUCCAUAGAUGCUGCCUGACCUGCUGAGUUUCUCCAGCAUUUAUGUGCGUCUACCACAUCAACUAUUUUCGUUUAAACUAAGCUAGAAUUUUACUAGUGUGUUUGAAUGCAAUUUUUGUUUACUUUUCAAAUGAUUGCUUUAAAUAGAAUGUAAUCAAUCCCCUUGCACUGCAUAUAUAUUAAAAUGCAUUGUUUUA